AUGGCGGACGAGGUCUACGACGGGUCUGUCAAGCUCGAUGACUGCAUAAUGGCGACUCUGCGCUAAUCAAUACAACAGUGCGAUCGGUAUCGAUCUUGGAACCACGUACUCGUGUGUCGCCAACUAUGAGGGCGCCGGCGUCGAAAUCAGUAUGUUUUGACGGAUUCAUAUCUGUCCUUGGACACCGAUCUAACGUAACGACUCGCAGUCGCCAACGAGCAGGGAAGCUUCACCACUCCAUCCUUCGUCUCCUUCACCUCUGAGGAGCGAUUGAUCGGCGAGGCCGCGAAGAACCAGGCCGCCAUGAACCCAACCAACACCGUCUUCGAUGUCAAGUGAGUGCGAUCAUGAGUGCAAAAGCAAGGGAACCAUAUGGGCUGAUCACAUCCAGGCGUCUGAUCGGUCGACGAUUCGAUGACCCGACUGUGAAGAAGGAUAUCGAGUCGUGGCCAUUUAAGGUCGUUGACGAUGACAACAGCCCCAAGGUCCAGGUCGAGUACCUCGGCGAGACCAAGACUUUCUCUCCUCAGGAGAUCUCUGCCAUGGUCCUUGGCAAGGUGAGCUGCGAUUGAGAUAUUAGAUUCGGUCACGUAUGGAUCUAAUCAAUUCCCACAGAUGAAGGAGGUUGCUGAGACCAAGCUCGGCAAGAAGGUUUCCAAGGCCGUCAUCACUGUCCCGGCCUACUUCAACGACAACCAGAGACAGGCCACCAAGGACGCCGGUGCCAUCUCCGGUCUCAACGUUCUCCGUAUCAUCAACGAGCCCACUGCCGCUGCUAUCGCGUACGGUCUCGGCUCCGGCAAGUCCGACAAGGAGCGAAAUGUCCUGAUCUACGAUCUUGGUGGUGGUACCUUCGAUGUGUCACUCCUCCACAUUCAGGGCGGUGUCUUCACUGUUAAGGCCACUGCCGGUGACACUCACUUGGGUGGUCAGGACUUCGACACCAACCUUCUUGAGCACUGCAAGAAGGAGUUCCAGCGCAAGACCAAGAAGGUACGAAAUCCCAGCGGCAGAAGCCAUCUCCAGCGUAUCAAACGUGUCUGGGCCAGUGGCCGGCCUCCAGCGCUGCUGUUUGGCUCAGCCCGUUUGAGACGUUGAAUGAACUUCGACCUAUCUGAGAGCUACAUGCUCAGUAAUUUUCAAUAAAUGUCGCUGACUUGCUUUCUUGCAGGAUAUCUCAAACGACCCACGUGCCCUCCGUCGUCUGCGUACCGCUUGCGAGCGCGCCAAGCGUACCCUCUCCAACGGAACUCAGACCACCAUCGAAAUCGACUCGCUCUUCGACGGUGAUGACUUCAACACCAACAUCACCCGUGCACGAUUCGAGGACAUUAACAGCAAGGCUUUCCAGGGCACUCUGGACCCUGUCGCCCAGGUCUUGAAGGAUGCCGCCAUUGAGAAGAGCAAGGUCGACGAGAUUGUGCUUGUCGGUGGUAGCACUCGUAUUCCCAAGAUCCAGAAAUUGCUCAGCGACUUUUUCAACGGCAAGAAGCUCGAGAAGAGCAUCAACCCUGAUGAGGCUGUCGCCUACGGUGCGGCUGUUCAGGCCGGCAUCCUCUCUGGCAAGGCCACCUCUGCAGACACUGCGGACAUGCUCCUCCUCGAUGUCGUCCCUCUCUCUCUCGGUGUCGCCAUGGAGGGCAACAUCUUCGCUCCUGUGGUCCCGCGUGGCCAGACUGUGCCAACCAUCAAGAAGCGAACCUUUACAACUGUCGCGGAUAACCAGGUCAGUUGUUCUUUCCCCCUCUGCCUUCCCACUUGCAAUGCCCCUUUUGAUACAAAAUGGACCACCUUACCGGAUCUUGGACUGGAUUUUCUCUAUCUGUUCACCACCUCGCUUCACCACACAACAAAUGCAACGACACACUGACAUGAAUAUCACUACAGCAAACAGUGCAGUUCCCGGUUUUCCAGGGAGAGCGCGUAAAUUGCGAGGACAACACCUCCCUCGGAGAGUUCACUCUUGCUCCCAUCCCACCGAUGAAGGCAGGUGACGCUGUUCUCGAGGUCGUUUUCGAAGUCGACGUGAACGGCAUCCUGAAGGUCACAGCAACGGAGAAGUAAGACAUCGAAAGCUGCACUUCCAUCACUGUGACACAUACUGACGUGUUCUGAACAGGUCCUCUGGCCGCUCCGCCAACAUCACCAUCUCCAACUCGGUUGGCAAGCUCAGCAGCGGUGAGAUCGAGAAGAUGGUUGAGGAAGCCGCCAAGUUCAAGUCCAGCGACGAGGCCUUCAGCAAGAAGUUCGAAUCGCGACAGCAGCUGGAGAGCUACAUCAGCCGAGUGGAGGAGAUUGUGUCUGACCCAACUAUGAGCAUGAAGCUCAAGCGCGGCCAGAAGGAGAAGAUCGAGAGCGCGCUGUCCGACGCUAUGGCGCAGCUUGAGGUCGAGGACGCCAACAGCGACGACCUCAAGAAGAAGGAGCUUGCGCUCAAGCGCGUCGUCACCAAGGCCAUGUCUACCCGCUAA